AAAACCGUAACGUUGUGCAUCUCCCUAUUCAUCUCUGUACCUACAGUUCUUGCAGCCAAUCACUUAAAUUCCUUUGAUCAAUGAUGAAAAAUCUUGAAACUAGAAAGCUAACCUAGAUAUAUCGUUGACACCAUGAAUUCUACUGAAGAGAAUUCUGAAAGUACAGAAAAUACAGAAAAUAAGAGUGAAACUCAAGCAGCAGAUGAUGUGGAAGCAUGGGACAUUAUUCCUGGAUAUUCAACAUUUGGGGAUUACGUGAAGACUGGAUUUGAGAUACUAAAAGCUGGCAUUAGAGCUGCUAAUAAUUUACCAAGCGGAGACAAUUUUAAUUAUUAUGCUUGCUUUUCAAGUUUCAAUGACAUCAGGAAUGAGCAAAUCAAAAAGGUAUUAAAUACUAUGCAAAAUGUUAUUGAACACUCUGGCAUUCCGGGUAAUAUUAGACGUCGUGAUGCGGAUGAGAAAUUCGAACUUUUAUUAGAGGCCAAUGAUAUCUUUCUUGAUCGUGCUGGAAUAUGCAUGGAUCAAGAAUCUGGUAUUGUUCAAAAUCCAGGGGUUCAAUUAAUAGUCUCUCAGACACGGAAUACAAAUGUCAAUGGUAGUUGGAACACAACCACCACUGUCCCUAAUACUCGAUCACAAGAAAUGGUAAAUAAUGUACAAGCCAUUCGUUUACUAGCAGCCAAAAACGUUCAUAGACCACAAUUAUCAUUCAAAGAUAAAAUAGACAAUAGCUCAAAACCGUGGCAACCCAGAAUUAAGGACAAACCAAAUUCAUUGAAACCAUUAGCUAUCUACUUGGAGGAGACGCCCGAUGGAGAAAUUUUCAGUCAUCCAUAUGAGCUUGAACUAGACAAAUUUAAGCCACCAGAUUCUCAGUUACAAAAAUCAAAACCAGAAAAAUACAAAUCACUUGAGGACACACCAUUGAUCAUUAUUGAAAAGCCACAAGAUCUGCAUAUCGUACUUCAAGAUUUAGAGAAUUAUGAUGAAAUCGCUAUCGAUUUAGAGCAUCAUUCGUACAGAUCUUUUCAAGGAAUAACUUGCUUAAUGCAAAUAUCAACCAAGGAUACUGAUUACAUAAUAGACACAUUAACUCUAAGAUCAGAGUUACAUCAGCUUAACGAAAUCCUAACAAAUCCUAAAAUUCUCAAAGUGUUCCAUGGAGCAGACCAAGAUAUUCUGUGGCUUCAACGUGACUUAUCAUUGUACAUUGUGAAUAUGUUUGAUACUUACCGGGCAGCUAAACAGCUUAACCUGCCUUAUCUCAGCUUAGCAUACCUACUGAAAACUUAUUGUGGACUAGAUCCAAACAAGCAUUUCCAGUUAGCUGAUUGGCGCAUAAGGCCUUUACCAGACGAGCUUAGAAAAUAUGCUCGAGAAGAUACACAUUAUUUAUUGUACAUAAAAGAUAUAUUGCGAAAUUCUUUAAUCGAUGCAGCCAAUGGUCAGAGUAAUAUAUUAAAAGCAGUGUACGAUCGGAGUACGGAAGUUUGCAAACAGGUUUACGUGAAGCCCAUUUGGACAGAGGACAGUUAUUUAAGUAUGUAUCGAAAAAGUCAAAAAAUGUUUAACAACAGGCAAAUAUACGCACUGAAAGAAUUACACAAGUGGAGAGACAUCACUGCUAGACUCGAAGAUGACAGCACUGGAUAUGUUUUACCCAAUCAUAUGUUAUUGAACAUAGCUGAAACUCUUCCUCGAGAGAUGCAAGGCAUCCUGGCUUGCUGCAAUCCGAUUCCACCAUUGGUGCGACAGAAUUUACUUAAAUUACAUAAAAUUAUACUGAAAGCUAGAGAGCAACCACUGACAAAACCUGUGCUCGAAGAAGAUAUUAAACAACGGCUCGCCCAAAGAAAUCAGGAUGCUGCUAUAGGAAUAUGUCUCUAUUCACCACACGAUAUACCUAGUGGAAUGGAACCCAGAGCAGAUUUGCCGUGUUUAUUAGACUCUAAAGAUGGCGAAGAAAUUUUGCUCCCAAAUACUGAAAUUACUCAUAGCAUUACUGUGUUUGAUAGUCCAGUAGCAUCUGAGGAUGAGGACAAUACUCUCAGUAGAAUGGAAAUCUUAAAGAAGAUGAAGACAUUAUUCGUUAGUCCAUUCGAGAGGUAUAAACGUGUCAUACCAAUGGUGGCAGCACAAGAAGCGAAGGAGCGAGAGCAGCAAGAGAAAGAAGAAACAGAAAGACUCAAUAAAGAGCAAAAAGAAAAACAAGAAACAAACGAGUCAAUAAAUCGAGUUCAUGAUCAUUUCAAAGAGAUUUCACGCGUAGUGGAAACACAAGUUAAGACAGAAGCAAAAUCUCCGAAAAAUAAGCAUACCCCGUUAGCUCAGAUGCGUAACAGAAAACGAAAAAGGCAGUCUAGUGUAGAUGAAACUAACGACGUUCCUGAAAAAUCUCAUGAGGAUCUUUCAUCACCUGUACCAUCACUAGAUGCAAAAGUUGUUCAAGGUGUCAAGAGAAAAAUUGAUCCAGAAGAACUUGAGCAAGAAAGACAAGAUGGUCAAAAUUUGAUUGAAGUGGAAGUCCCCGAGAUGAAGGAAAAGUUGAAACCACUUCGGGCUGUGAAGAGGAAUGACAAACGUGCUAACAGUAAAGAACUUAAGAAAAAAGGUUUGCUGCCAUCUGCUGUAUUUGACUAUAAAACUGUAGAUUUUAGUAGUUUUCAAGGUGGCAGUACCACAAGUGACACACCGAAAGCAGCAACUUUUGAGGGGAAUAAGAAGAAAAAUUCUAGGAAAAGGAAAAGUAAACGAAAGAAGCAACAAUGGAGUGGAAAGUAAAAAAAAUUGUUCUAAACUGUCUGAGACAUAUGUAAACAGCAGUUUACAUCAAUUACUUUUAAAAUAUUUAAGAAAGUUCUUCGGAUUCUUAUUACUAAGUGAAUAUAACACUCUUGUGGUACAAAGAAUGUGAAAUGAAUUUUCAUAUGUAAUUACAGUGUAGUAAAUCUCUGAAAGUAGCUUAUUCUUUCUAGCUUCAUAUUGUUAUCAAUAUCGCAUAUCGUAAUGCGAUGGAAUUUUGAAUAAAUAAUUCUAUUUUCUAUGAUCAACCGUAAUUAAACUCUGCAGUUACUAAAUCCAUAUCAAUUAAUUUGUUACUUGCCACUAUUGAGCAUCUAUGCAACAAGUGUCAUCAUGAAAAAUAAAACUAUUAAAAAAUCAA